UGUAUUAGAAGUAAAAAAAUGUUAAUUUAGAAAAAGUAGGGAGGGAGUCUUAGUCUGCACAUUAUUAAGUGUUGCUGUCAAACAAAAUGUAGUGCAGAAAAAGUACAAAAUUUACCGGUAAAAUGUAGUGGAGAAGAACAGGAGACACACAAGUAAUGUAGAAGUACCUAAAACUGAAACCUGAACUUCAGUAUUUAUUUUGAGUGAUUUGUAGCUGACAGACCAAGCUGAUGGUCAGCCGUCAGUCAGUGUUGGGCCAUUGGAGGGCGUUUGUCACCCUAUAUUUUGCAGUGUGGCCCGCACCGUUGGCACUAGUCAGCCCUUGUCAGCUUUUUGUCGGCUGAUUCAGCAUGUUGAAUCAAAGUCAGCGACAGCAGAACCUGUUGGUGAAUGAAAGCAAACAAGCGGCUGAAGUCAAAGAGGGAUUUUGAGGAGCAGUUGUACGACACCAAGCUGACCGGUCAGACUUUCCGGCAUCCGUCCUCGCAGAGCUCCGACGACACGUCCACCUCGCUCAGCCGAUCGCCCAUCUCCCUCAACAACAAGAGACCUGACUUCAUCUUCCUGCCGGCGUCCAAACAGCUCUACGACGAUGAAACCACCUCCUCAGUGUUUGGACUGAGGUCCGUGACCGACCCGUCUCCCUCCCCGUCCCCGUCGCCCUGCGGCUCAGAUCGCCCCCCGCUGGGUUGGAGUAGUAACAACAGCAGCAGCAGCACCGCCACUUCUGCUACCACCGGACCGCCUGUUGCAGACAAACCACGCUGGCAGCUCGGGAGACGCACACCGGGUCACUUCAUACCACUCGACAUCACAGGUGAAGGGAGAGGAGGGAAGUUCCACGGUGUCGACCUCCUCCAGCACUCCCUGUCCCCAUCCCCCUCUCCAGGGGACCCCUUCCCCCACCAGCCCCGCUCCCUAGAGCCUGUCACAGACACCCUCCACCAGAACCUCCCCCUGAGGAAGACACACUCUGACCUCGACACAACCUUACCUGCAGAUAACAAUUUGGAGCAUAGUGCUCCGGACCAGUUUCACCCAGGAACUAUGGACCACUCUGGGCUGCUGUGCUCAAACACACCGUCCGCUUCCUGGAACGGACCUAAGGGCUCCACUUUUUCUCCUGGAGCGUGGAACGAACCUUACAAAUACAGCACCAACAAAGGCCCGGCGGUCCCACCCAAACAGCACACCAUCAUCGGUAAUUCAGGAGGAGGGACGCAAGACGGGGUGAUGUUAGUGAGCUCAGGACAGCCAGCGAGCUCACAUUCCAGUUCAUUCACGUCUGUGUCGAACCCUUCUGGGAGAGGAGGGAAUAACAUACCAGGGAUUUCACUGGCAACAGCGAUGAUGGGGAAGCGGAGCGAGACGGAAGGGGCUGCAGCGGAUGGAGGGAGGGGAGGAGGAGGUGGGGGAGUUGGGGAAGCAGUGAGAGGGCGGGAGAGGUCGGCACGUUCCAUAGCAGCGGCAAACGCCUUCAAGUUCCGGGAACGUUCCCUUUCUACGCCCACGGAUUCUGGUUCCUUCUGCUUUACAGAAGGUGGUUUAGGCCAGCCAGACGGGAACAUCCUGCCUACAGGAAAUGGUAAUGCUAUGGCAAUAACAGACCAACAACAGCAUCAUAACUUCCUUGGUUUGGGUGAGAACUACGCCCUUCUCUACCCUCGAGGGAGCUCUGAGGACAGUGCCAGCACCACAGACACAAUCUCUGUCACGGCUUCAGACUACAGUGCUGAUGGCCGCUUGCGCCUACGCUCCCGCUCAAUAUCACUUAAGAAAUCCAAGCGCAAGCCACCACCCCCUGUGAGGAGCGUCUCUCUUAUGAAGAACCUCGGAGAAGCUGAGGGGAGAAUCCAUCAUGAAGGCAGUCUUUACCGGGAUGGCCGGCCAAAAAGCCUACACAUUCCCAGGGACCACUUUCCAGACUUCCAGCCUGAUUUCCUCCUGCCCAGCUCCUCCAAACCCAUUGUUGCUGAGCGGGAGCUGGGCCAUGGAGGUACUGAUGGACCUCCAAGCCUGGAGGUCCAGGCACCAGAGAGGGAGGGAGAGACAGAGCUGACCUUCCCCACUCACUGGCAGCUAGGGGAGUGGAAGAAUGACCCUUACAGAUCUCUUUCAGGCUCCAGCACAGCAACAGGUACCACAGUGAUUGAAUGUAUGAAAGUCAGAGGCAGCUCAGAGUCCCUGCUCGAUUCUCCCUCCACCUCCCGAGCCACCUCACCCUCACAGCUCUCCAUGGAAACAGACAUCAAGGCUUCCUCGCCCUUUAAACCCCCAGGACUCAUGUCCCCAUCAAGUGGCUAUUCCAGCCAGUCAGAGACUCCCACCCCAACUGUUCCCCUCAGUCAAAUGGCAGGUCAGGGGACAGUAGGGACAACAGGAACAUUGGGAUGUAAGUUGCGUCCGAAGAUCCCAGAAAGAAAAUCAUCACUACCAUCGCCCAAGGACCCGGCUGCGAGGUCUAGGUUGUCCUUUGAGAUGCCUGGGAAUGCACAUCUGGAGCUGUCAUCAAUCAAGCCAAAGCAAAAGGCCAGCAGACGACAUUCUGACACUUCGACGGCGGCAAAACCAGGAAAAAUCAGCCCCAGCUCCUCACAGGCACUGCCUGUUGUCACCCAGAAUGAGCUCAAGACUGUUCGGCUUCGUUCAGUCUCUCGUGGUGACUUGGAGGACUGCCCUGAUGGAGCAUCUGACACCAUAGAAGAAGAACAGCAUAACCGAGACCUAGGCGAGGAUCCCAGUCCGCCACCCACCCUCCCAAAACCCAAACCACCCGUCGCCAUCAAGCCCCCAUUACCCAAACGACCCCUAAACCUCCUGCUCAAGUCUCCUUCCCCCUCCUCCACCUCCCCUCUAGCCCUUGACUCACCUCCUGCCUCACCUGUGGACAGACCAGUGCCCCUGGGCAACAUCUACAAAGUCAUGAAAAAACCCAAACCCAAAAAACCUCCACCACAAACAACAAGUCCCUCUGGUCUCCCAGAUUCUACCACCAUUCCACAAACUGCCUAUGAUCAUCAAUUCCUCCCCCACUCCCAGUCCCUCUUUGAUCUCCCUCCUCUUCCAGACCCACAGCCUCUUCUGGAAGACCCAGCACUGGAGCCUGAGUUUGAUGUCGACCCAGAGAUCCGUUCUGGGGAAGGAGGCUCACUCCCCUCUCCCUGUAGUAACCAGGAGGCCCCGGAGCUACAGGACAAGAGCAAGACCCUCCCCUCGAGGAUGACAAUCUCAUGUCUGGCAGAGCUGUCAGACAAAAAGAAACCCAAGGUUCCACCUCCAGUCCCCAAGAAGCCGAAUGUCCUGCUUCUUCCCUCGUCGGUCCACUCCUCCACCAAUGGCAGCACAGAACGUCAGACCCCACAGGCUGAAAGCCCUGUGGGUCUUCGGUCUCCUGUAGGAGCAUUCCCACCAGAAGAGUUACCCGGCUCCCCCAGUGUUCCUGAUAUGCUAGAGCAAGAUGAGAACCACUUGGAUGACAAGUCAGAAGAGGAGAGUUCAAAAGAGUCAUCACUUCAGUCAUCGCUGCAGGAUUCCUCCCUCACAGAGCUGGGAGGGAAAAUGGCCAGCACUGGGAUUGGGGCAGAUGACUCAACAGCCAAUGAGAGGACGGUACUCCACAUCGCCGAGGAAACAGACGACGACUUGUUGGCCAGCACACCUGCAACGCACACCACCGAAGACCUGUUCACUAUUAUUCACAGGUCCAAGCGAAAGGUUCUGGGACGUAAAGAGCCAACAGACUCCUUUGGCAGCCGCCAGAGCCUGGUGUCCCCGGUGAAGCACAGCACCAGCGGUAGCGACCUCCGAAAUCUGACCUUAGGCAGCAGUCAGAGGUCGAGCUCCCGCAAUGAGAACUUCAUGGCCCUGCUCCAGAAGAAAGGCAGCAAGUCUUCCAGCGGAGGAGCCAGAGUCUCCGCCAUGGAGCUUCUCAAAAGCACAAACCCGCUGGCACGACGGGUCACAGAGUUUUCAAACACCAUGUCGACGACUGGCGAGGGAGGAGACGUCGCAUCCGGGAAUGGCAAACCCAACGAUCAAUGAACGGAAGUGUUGUCAACGGAUGUUAACCAGGUCCGUUUGCUGUUGACAAAGCUACCAACCAAUUCUACAAUGUGCCACCCACUGCAGAUGGGGCCUUCUGACUAACAUGUCCAACCGGAUUGCUCCAACUACUGAUUGACCAUUUGCACUGUCCAAUCAAAUUGGAGCACAUAUUUGGACAAAAUGGUCCCUCCCAUGGUUGAAGCACUAUUGUUCCCUGUCAAACCGGUCCCUCUAGGAGAGCGAGAAAUCUGUGGAGAGCAAAGUUCGUUCUCACUAUAUUUUCACUGAAAGUUGGAGGCUUUAGGGUUACGUUUCAACACUGCUCCGUGUUUUCCUCAUUGGGGAUAAGCUCAGUGUGGAGGCUGGAUGCACAGAUGGAUGGGUGGAGUAGACACAGGAAAUAUAGGGAUAUACAGUGGAUAUCUUUACUCCUGACUCCUGAAUGAAGACAACAGUCCCUGAUGACAACAAUGGUCAUAUAAAUGAAUCUGUAACCAGUUAUACUGAUCCACAAGGAUACCACAGAGGAUCAGUGAUCAAAUGAAUUCAAGAAAUAAAUGGAAUAAAAUUCAGAAGAUGCAAGACCUCCUAAUGAUUCGUCUACGGUUUAACCGAAAUCCUCCAACCAGUAGCGCUACAGCACCCACACCUGUAGACCUACGCGAAUAUAAGGAUAAAUUAUUAAAGGUGCGAUGAUGCAUCUGAAAAAGCAAGCAUGCCCAAAACGUUGGGCAUCAUAACUCUUGUUCUCUCUAUGGUAAAGGCAAUACCAUAGCAGGCAUCAUCAUUGUCAGAAAACUGAACAUUCUGAUCUGAGCGGAUGAAGCGCAGGGUUUACAAAGAAAAACCACGUGGGGGCUUUUUGCCACCAAAGAUGAGGCAUGAGCAUGUCACAGAUUUUGUCGCUCAUGCGAUGAACACGAACCUUCACAAAACAUUCCACAGAAGCACCGAGCAAAUGGACGGCAAUUUGGAACGCAAGCACUUUUCUUUUUCCGUGGCAUCGGAGGUCAUUUCGAUGGUGCACCCUUUGCGUCGCUACAUUUUUUGCCUCUCAUCAAUCAUUAUUUUUCCAGUCUUUUUUACAUUUUUGUUUUCUUAUAUUUUUCCUACACAUGCUAGAUGGCCAUAUUCUGUACAUGUUUCAUUAGACUGUUCUGUAUGUAUCAUGUACAAAGAUAAAUGUAACGCAUCUAUCAACGGAUAUCAUUUGCAGACACAAAGACUAAAAAUAGUGUACAGAGCAGCAAGCAGCUUGGAUUACAAACUGCCCACACCAUGGAGGGAAAACACACUCAAGCACACACACACACGCACACACACACACACACACGGACUAAGGAGUAACGCCAUGGAAGACAAACAGAACAGACCGGAACAGUGUGUGUGUGUUCAUACGAGUGUGUGCGCAGAUGAAAUCUUGCCUGUGGAGUUUCUGUACGGAGAGCAUGAAGCAGGCCUGGUUAUUAAACAGGGUUUUUAUUCAUUUUGGUCUCUGGUGACGGGACCAAAGGACUGUUAAAAACUACAAACAGACCAGAGGGGACCUAGCGGUGUGUAUGUGUGUAUGUGUGUAUGUGUGUGUGUGUGUGUGUGUGUGUGUUUGUGUGCUUGUGUGUGUUCAUGUGCAUGUAUAGACGGAAGUGCCAAGAACAAGACAGAGAAGAAAGAGAAAGAGAGAGUGCACGUACAUGUGCCUGUUUAUGUGUUUGGCAUUUUUGUGUGUGUGUGCUCACUACAUGUGCAUAUUUGUGUGUGAAUGUGUGUGUGUGUCCUGUCACCCCGCAAUCCUUCCUUGGGAUAGGAUUAGAAUGACCUAAGCAGACCCCCUUAAACCAUACAUUACAGAACCAUAAGGAUUUCGGAAUCAGAAGGGAUUCCGCAACCAAUAGGUUUCUGGAAUCAAGAGGAUUGCGAACCAGUGGAUUAGAGAAGGAAAAAGGAUUCCAGAACCCAAAGGAUUCUGGAAAAACUGGCAGAGUUUGGAAUUCGGGAAUGAGGGGGUCUUGUGACGAUAGAACCCCCUGGUCAUAACAGCACCAAUCUUGGAACACAAUCUGAGGUUCAGACCUAGGUUUGAAAAUGAUUUAGCAUAUGGGGGUAAGCGCCAAUAUUCCAUUGAUUCCGAUGUAGCCAGCGAUAUCUGGAUAUUCAGGCCAAGACUUCGUCAUUGUCUACUGUAGGGAUGCACGAUGAUAUAUCGGCACUUGAUUGGUAUCCGCUGAUACGGAUACAGUAUUUUGCACAAUGAAUGACUAUUACGUACAUUGAAAAGCAUUCUAUUUCAUGUCUCCAUCUGCUGGUGGGCCAUCACGAUAAGAGUAUGCAUGAAUAUUAUGAUGUUAAUUCCACUAUAGAAGAGACUUGAUGAUAGAAUUAGGUAGGGAAAAAAGUGGAUACAUCAAUAUUGGUCUCAGUUAUUGGUCAAAUGAGUUGUUACAUAUAGGCAUAUCGGAUAUAUAUCAUGCAUCCCUAGUUUACAGUCCGAUUGGCAACAUGAGAUGCUAUAUAAAGAGAGUCAUGGCACUCUAUAAAUGGAUAUCUACAUGUGAUUAAUUAAAGGCUAAAUUGUCUUCACACAAUAACUGGUGUAUUUCAAGAUGAUGCCAUUCCAUUGUUCAGACUGCCUAAAAUUCCGAAUCCCCAUUAGUCUUAAGAAGGUCCCAUUGGACCGAAAGCCUAUUUCUCCAACAGCCUGUUAUCCCAAAAACAAACGCCCAUUGCUCAAAAGUCCUGUUUCUCCAACAAUGCACACUCCCUGCAGUUAGUUGCAGUUUCUCAAUAGUGUUCUAGCCACCAAUUCUGAGUGUUUUUAUCAACCCUUUGUGGUAUUUGGGCCACCUAUCCCAGGUGUUCUACCUACCCUUUGUGGCAUUUCCUAGUCCACCGAACCCGAUUUUCUGCCACUUAAUGUGGUUGCUUCAAAUCAAUACAGGAUCUUUUCCUAACCUUAAACAAGUGGACUUUGUGCCCAAACCUACCCACACAUUCACCACAGUGUCGUUAAGAUACCUUAAGUUUCAGCGUACCUGCUACAAAAUACUGUACAAAUGUACAAGUCUAACAUUUUUUCUGGUGAUUGGGUUGUCUAGCUACAGGCAGUGUGUAUUUUUGGAGAAACUAAACUUCUUCAGAGUCAUGGGUGUUUGUUUUUUGGAUAACGCGCUUUCAGCAAAAUGGGCUUUCAGUUCAAUGGGAAAAUUUUUUGGACUAACAGGGCUCCAGAAAUUCGGGCAGUCGGAACAAUGGCCAGUCCCCUGUGAGACUGCAUUUCGGCUAAUGCGUUCCGCCUCUCCACAGGAUCUGUUUCCUAGCAUCCAAGCAAAGCCCACUCAGACGUGAUAUGUCAGUACUCUCCAGAUUUCAAACCACCACAAAUGGAAACCAGAACAUUUCUGAUACCAAAAUCUUGUCCUGUUGUCAACAGAUUCUGCAUUAAUAUGCAGAUAUCUGUUUAUAGAGAUUCCUACAGCUCUAGCCAGAGAAUCCAUCUGUCUGCACUGUCGCAGAGUGACAUUACAGGAAUAGUUUGUUUGUUUUGCCCUCCUCCGUGCACGUUUUUCACACUCUGUAUCUUUCGUCUCGGAGGUGAGGUGGUGGUCUGCGACGCCCUCCUCCUCCUCCUCCUCCUCCUCCUCCUUUCCACUCAUUCCUCUCCUCCUUUCAUCGCUGCUGGAGCACACACUCCAUCUGUCUCUCUGCAUAUAGCAUCAUCUCUCUUUUUCUCUCCUGUAAUCACUCUUCUUCUGGCACAUACAGUAGCACACUCCGUCUCUCUCCUCGCCUAUAUACUGCAACCUCUCUCUGUUUUUACACGUAGCACCGCCUCUCUAUCCUUUCCUCUUUUAACCUUCUCUCCAUCCUUUCCUCCCUCCCUGACCCUCCCCCAUUUUCUGUUAACCUUCCCCUGUCUCUCCCAUCUCUCUUCUCUCUCUUCCCUCUCUCUGCAUUCAGUCUAUGCAUCUGAGCUCGGCAGACGACACGACACCGGAUGAAUGUCAAUGAAUGACUGUUAAGAAAAUAGAUGCUGUGCUUAGUUUGAGAGUGCAAAACAAACAUCUUUCUGUCAGCGCUUAUCUUCUGCCUUCUCUCUUUCUUGCUCUGAGUUUUUAUACUUUUUUCCUUUUGAGUGUAACAUGGAUUUAACAUGGGUGAAUGGAUGGGAUCUGUGCGCAAACACAGAAACAGGCAGGGUUUGAAUGUGUUUUUGCAUAAAGGACCUUUACUUUCGGACUGUGAACGAAACACCCUGUGGUAUUUAACCCCCGAACGACCCUCAGUUCUGGAUCAGCGUGUGGACGGUCGGAGAAUUUUGGAUUAGCAGUGGUUCAGCUCUAACACCUGACUUAUCCCCUGCAUGGAUGGACCGUGUGGAGGGAGGAGGGAAACUAUCCCUCGGUGCUAUUGAGUCAGAGCUCCCCCUAGUGGAUGGAAAAGGAGGAACCACACAUAGCAGGAGAGUUAAAAAAAACUCCUUCACACGCAUCUCUCUUCCCUACAACAGUCCUUCAGGUAUUCCAUCAUCCUGAAAAAAAGACGACGAUUUUAAAAAUGCAUAAAUUAUCACCAUUUAUGAUGACUAGUCAAGUGACGCUUGUUUUAAAUAUUUAGUGAAUGAAAAAAGAUAAACCUAUAAAACUCUGUGUUUGUUUGCCUUGUAUACUGAAUUGUGGGCGUGUUGCUGCAGCGCCUGCUGUGUUUUUUUUUUAAUUUCAUUAUAAUUAUUUUUCAUUUCAGCUGCCUUGGUAGUGCAUACACAAACAACCUUUGCAAAAAUCUGGCCAAAAUAACAGAUUUAAAGGGAGCAUUUAUGUUAUAUCUGAAUCUGAACUGUAAUGAAAAGUUCGAAAAUCUGGUGCCUCAAGUGACUCAGAUAUUUUAAGUAUUAACCAAACCAAUAUUUGCCCAAAUCUGCAUUCAUGUACAGGUAUGCAGAGUGCGGCAGUGUGGUGAUAUUUUUCCCCUUUCAGAGCAAUAUCCCUCAGAGCGAUCACAGAUCUGAGAUCAGAUAAGUGAAGCUGGAAGGGAGAUCAAAAAACUCCAAAACACAAUUUGAACUAAGCCCAAUAGAUUUUGUUAAAAAUGUGGAAACAGAGAAGAGAGAUAUGAGCAGAGUGUUAGGAGACAGAGGAUGUGUUGUUUCAGCACAAUAAUAACAGGAACAGUGUGUUGUCGAAAAGUACAAUGUGGUGUGUAGAUGCAUGACACAUCUAAAAAUGGGGGUGUAAAAGGAUACGAUGUGUCAGCGUGUUUCUGUGUGUGUCAGGGUCAACAAACCAUUGUGUUGGAUCUAUAUGGAAGCAAAUAAGUGUUCAGUAUCAGUAUUAAGAUCCAGGUUGCUCACAUUCAGUUGGUUAGAUUUUAAGGCUGCCCCCGUCUAAGAACUUUCCUGGUCAACAAUUUAGAGCCAUUAGUCAACUAGUCACCUGCAUGUUUACAAUACUAAGUUCAGGGUGUGAGAAAGAAUAGUAUCAGUAACAUUGUUAACACUGUGCUACAUUACAGAGAAAUACAAAACCGUACUAAUGAACCUUCAUUAAUAUAGGCCUAUAUUUUAUCUACAAGUGCACGUCACACACUGAGCGAGCCGCCUGUUAAUGACGCUGUGGGCAAAGCAGUAAUGAUUGUGCUAAGUGGCUAAUGGGCAUGUAGCUACUUCCAUGUUUCAGAUGAUACGUCAUGUUUGUAGUCGACCAAUGAAGAUGAGUUUACAUAUCACCUUGGGUUCGUCCUUCACCUUCUCACAAUGAUCCCACACUUUGGAUUUCCUGCCCGACAUGUUAUUAACUAGCCUGUGGAAUAACCGCAGGUACCAGCCCUGGAAAUUAACCUGACCCCUGUCUGACUGCUGAGCGUGGCCACUUCCUGUGUCUGUCCUUUCAAAUUAAAUUCCCACAUGGUCCAGUCAUUCAGGUUUUGAUUUAUUAUGGCAAGGCGCAGCUCCUAAUAGAGUAAGCGACCAAUGAAAUCUUGCUGACUAAUGACCUUUCUGGUCAACAAAUGUUUGGUCGACUAUUAGGGGGCAGCCCUAUUAAAUUCAGAUCCAGAAAUUCAAGUUCAAACUUUUCAAAUGGCAACAUCCAGGCUACCCAGCCUAUCCUGUCCUGAGGAGUGAGGAAGUUUUUGUUUUUUUGAAUUUUUGAACAUCGAAAAGACUAUAUUCAGAUUCAGCUUUUGAAAUUGCAAAUCAUUAUAUUUGAGGUUUUAAUUUCAUAGAGCUGAAUUGAUUUUCAAAGUAAAAUAUUUUUUGUUUACUUAUUGAAUGGCUGUUAAAAUUCAAAUACUUAUUUGCUUCCAUAGUUUUACUUCCUGUGUAGACAGACGGCAGAUUUCUUCAACAGGAAACAUUUGGUUUGACAGUCUUUCAGAAGAGUUUAGGUACAAACAAAGAAACAUAUGGGUACACUGGUAAAAAAGGGUGAUAUCCCUUUUGUAGGGAUACAAUCAUUUAAUAUUGAGAAUAAUAUGUAAUUUUUUUUACAGAUUGUUUUUUUUCUGGAGGCAGAGUUGCACUGGAAGAAGAGAUAAUCUCAUUGGUUGUGUUUCUGCCCGCUUGUUGACAUAUUUCAGAUACUUCUUAGGUCUACUAGCAACAAACUUACCUAAAAUGGGAACAGUUGGUCCUCUGUGUAUCUGGUUGAGUUCUUCCCAAACAGACACACCAACCAGUGAGAAUAUUUUAGCCAGAAGAGCAGUUCUGCCUCCAAGAAAUGUCUGUAGAACUAAAUUACCAAUCUCUAAAAUAUGUUGACAGCAUAUUAUAUUAGAAAAUGACAUUUAUAUAGAGUGUGAAAAGAGAGCUGACACUAGAAAUAUAUUGAAUAUUUAAUCCAUUAUCCCUUCUUUAGGAGUAGGGGAGAGAGGAAGGAGGGGGAAUGAGGGUGUGGAGCAAAGGUUUGAUUUUGCUGAAUGUGGGGAUUACCACGCUGAAAUUUACACACGCUCCAUCAUCUUUUCCUUCACCUCCUCCCUCCCUUCUUCUCAGCUGUCGUGUGACUCAGAGGAGUAAUCAUGUUAAAAGCUUUUCCCUCUCUCUCACUCUCUCCUUCACUUCCCUACAAAAUGAUAAAAAGGUACGGGAAAGCACGAAAAGCACAGAGCGCUGCAAUGGCUCGUUAAUUAAUUUGGUUUAAUUUUACAGUUGGUCUCUGCAGAUACAGAGCAGCCAAACAGCAACCUGUUGCUAAGAGACAUAAAUAAAAGCUGUGUAGAAGAAGUUGGAGACUUGGAGUUCAGGCAAGGAUAAAACUCUCUAAAGCCAACAGAAAGGUUUAUCUGAAUAAGUUAAACAAAGUUUGUGUAAAUGACAUGUUUACAGUCAUUUGUUAAGGAUAAUGAACAGAGCUAAGAAACGACUCCAAAUGCAAUAUCAGCAUGAACAAAUCAAACAUCCCUUCAGACGUCAGACUCCAGAACAAAGUGAACCCCAACUCACUGCAGUAUGGGCUAACAAAUAUAAUCUGUCAAAGACACAAACACUUACAUUAAUCAAACUAUUAUUUACCACUUUGUAGAGAAAUCUGCCACAACAGGCACAAAAGCUUUAAAAUAAAAGCAGUUGUUGACAUUCAGCAAACACAUCACAGCAAAUAUAUGACCUGAGAAUUUGAGAACUUUACAAAGGACUGCACUUUUAUAAAGUUAACAGCUCAUGCUACGAAUACAAGUUCUGCCACCCACCCAGAACCUUACAAAGUAUCAUGUUCAGGUUCAUUUUAGUGUGUAAAAUCAUGUUUAUCAUGUGUUGUAAGUAGAUUCGCAAUAUCCAGACGGAAGAAAGAAAGUAAAAAGGAGUCAGGUGACGUGGUAUAAACAGCAACAAUGUCUGCAUGACGCCUGCGGAGGUAGGAGGUCAGGGUGGAUGUAUGGGUCAAACAAACACAGGAGUUUUACCCAGAAGACUGAUGUUUGUGUCCCGUGUAAAACCAAGAGUCAUAGUAACAAACUUAACUUAUACUUAACAUAAUCAUGAUCUUCUUUCUUAACCUGACCACGUAGUUUUGGUUCUUAACUGUGACUGUUUCACAAAUAUACUGUAACUUUGGGUGUCACGUUUUUGGCCAGUGCAGAACUCCACCUAUAAUACAAAACCUGGAUAUUUUGGCUGUAGCUCAUCACAACAUAGUGGCACUCAUCCCAAAGCCCAAAAACAUUACCACUGAAAAUUUAUAUUUACAUUAUAACUCAUCCUAUUUACACUGUAAAAACUGAUACUUCCUUAAAAAUUACCCCCCCCCAAAAAAAAAGUGGCAAGAGUUUGCACUAAUUUUGUUGAUUUAAAUCAAGUUGUCUUGUUUUUAAUUAAACAGAAUUCAAAUUUAUGUAUUUAAAUGUAUUCACUAAAUUUCAGUACUGGAUAAUUACAAUUACAAUAAUUAUAAUCACUUCAACUUAAUUAUAUUAAGUAAAUUUUACACAUUUGUUGUAGUUUAAGAACACUAUUUUCAAUAUUUUUCUAUUUUUAUGUUGAAUUAAGUUUAUUUUAUCAUUAGGUUUUAAAUAUAAAAUGUAUGUACAGCGAAUGAAUUGCAGAAUUUUUUUUAAUUACAUCAACUUAAUUUUGUAUUUUGUAAUAGGUGCUGAGAGUAAACACAAUACAAAAAAAUACUUUCGUAACAUUUAUUCAAAGAGACAAAUCAUGCAAAAACAGAACAGCAUGUGAUCAUAUCAGAAAAUGUUCUCAUGAAAGUCACCAAAUUUGAUUAAAGCGCAUCCAACAUCAGAUGUGUAUACAGUACAUGCUGCCCCAAAUACUGUAGGUUUCACUGAAAGCCAAUGGCAAUGAGGAAUCUCUUUGAGUUUUUCAGGUGUUACUUUUUGUCGCUUUGGGUGCAACCAGUCCAACUUUUAUUGACUUCCACUGACUUGUGAUGAGCUGUACAAAAUCAUGAAUCACACCAAAACUUAGAAGGCCUUGAUGGAGUCUAUUUCUGGGGUCCCUUUUGCGUUACGAGAGAGUGAAAGAGGGUGAAAAAAGAAAGAGGGGUGAUGGUUGCAGAUUUGGGCCAAAGAGUAGCUUGCAUUUGUUUUUAGGAGUGGCAGAUGGGUGGGGUUUACACUGUUUGGAUAUUUGAAAUAGGCAUGAUGCCCAUCACAUCAUUCACUGGUAAACCCCACCCAUCUGCCACACCAAGCAAACUUAAACAAACCCCCAACCCAAUUUUAACCCCAGUUUAGGGGCUGUACAGGCAGCUUAUAAAGACACAGAGAUGAUAAUUAGAGAGACAUAGAGAGAAAGAGAGACAGACAGAGUUAUUGGAAUUAUUCUAUUUUUGUUAUUCCUCAUUGAAAAAGACAUAUUUAAAGGAAUAUUCCGUGUAUGUAUUGAAUAACCUCUGUUUCCCCGCCCCAUCCAAUGGUGUGCUCUGUAGCUGCGAGGUAGCGUCUCACACAAACGCUUCCUUCUGCAGCUAUGCAAUGCCAAUGUGAUGAAAUUAUUAUAUCAUUAUAAAUAAAUUAUUUUUCUUGCUUAAAAAAAAA